AUGGAACGCUGGCCUUGGGUCUGUGUGACGGAUCAGAAGCUGCUCUGUAAGGAGCAGGACAAACACCAGGGACACACGUUUAAACCGGUGAAGGAUGCAGCCGAGAAAAACAAGGGUAAACUGAGAAAAGCUCUUGGAGAUCUGGUGAAAGAGAACCCAGCAUUCGAUGUCCUCAUUCAAGACCAAUUUGCUGAGAUUGCCAAGAGUGAGGAGAGGUCUGAUGUUCUUCAGGCCCAAGUCUCUUCCCAGUUUGAGGUACUUCACCAGUUUCUGAGGAAGAGAGAGGAGGAGAUACAGAGGGAGCUGGAGGAGAAGAGAAAGAGGUCUGUGUCAGCCAUGCAGCGAAACCUGUUUGACAUCCAGGGGAAAGCAGCCGAUGGCCAAGACAAGGAGGUGAUCCUGUGGUCUGCACUGGAGAUCCCCCGACCUGACCUCUUCCUGCAGUGGUGGCAUGACAAAGGAAUUCCUGUAACCGGGAGGCUGAAUUGGUUCGAGUCAGAGGUCAAGAACCUGGUGGUGACCCCUUGCUCUGUGUCAAUGGGUCCCUAUGAGUCCCACCUGCUCUUCUUUGUGUGGAGGGAGAUGCUGCAGACCAUCAAACCAGGCCUGGAGCGUUUGAGCAUUAAAGACCCAGGCGACUUCAAUCUCAUGGUGUCUCCUGAGGGUCACAGCAUUCGCCAGGCGGACAGAAUUGCCAUCAAAAACCGCAAACCCAGCGCCAGCACCAUCCAAACCUUCAAGACUGGCAGACACUGGAGAACUGGAGAAUCGGAGUUAAGCGGCACCCAGGAUCUCCCCAGAAGGAUUGGCCUGUAUCUGGACUGCGAGAAGCAGCAGGUGUCCUUUUAUAAUGCAGACACCAUGUGA